CCUCAAACCUCAUCUCCGAACAAAGUUCAAGAUGAGAGCCAAGUGGAGAAAGAAGAGAGUACGACGCCUCAAGCGCAAGAGAAGAAAGAUGAGAGCUCGCUCCAAAUAAACGACUCGAGCUCACUCAACUGCACCAUCCGGACACGAGAUAGCCAAGCUAGACAAAAAAACCAGAACUACCUCGAGUAG